ACCAUAACUAUCAAAAUGUGGACAAUUGAGGGGGCUAUAUACAACUCAUCAAAAUGGCAGCCUCCACUAGUAAAGCUUCGCGGAAGUGCAUGCCUCUGCAUGCAUUAUCAGACGCUGAUCGAAACCUACAAAUGUUGCCCUAUCCCAAUAGUUAUUGGAGACGUGAAUACAGGGAAAACCACAGCAUGUCGGAUGGCUUCGAAGAUGAUGGGCAUGAAUCACCACUUGGGAUAUGCCGGAGAGCGUUAUUUGCCCAAACAAACGGCGGCGUCAUCUUUCCCGGUAUUUAUCGAUGAUGCCGAGGGGAAAGACAUCGAAGGUCUCAUGACGAAAUAUUUCAACGGGGGCCUUGACGCUACAUGCUCAUUUGAAAGCCAGCCAAAGACAUGCCCAAUAGUAACGGCGAAUUGGUUUGUGUUGGAUAAAGUUGCAGGAAAUGCAAGGGCAAUGUCUCGCGCAUUGCUUGUUCCGUUUUCGAAGAGUGAACGAAGGAUGGGCGAGCGACAGUGCCUUGAUGAAUUGGAAAGGAGCGAGAUUGAGGAGCGAGCGGUCCAUGCCCUUCCUGCCCUGGUGAAGAUUGGCAAGAAACUAACCAAACACAAGAUCGACAUCCUUACUGUGUACAGAUCAAAGGUCGCCAAAGCCACCAAGGGUAUCAACUGCGAGGACAGAAUACAUCUUUGCUACGGUUUGCUGUUAUUUGUAACAGAGCACCUCAUUCGCAAAGCUUCGUUACAGUACCCACCUGAAGCUGCGGAGGUGUUCCUUCAGGAAGCAAUGGUCCCUCGUAUCAAGACGUUUCAGAGCGAUAUCACGCACACUGAACUACAUACUGGUACCUCCCCCGACAAUAGACAACUAGACAUUCCAGGCAUAAUAAUGCAGGCAACACGCAUUUUCAGCUUGGGGGAGUUGCUGAUGGUAAUAAACCCACACAUUGACUUACGGGCAAAUGCAGAACAGGGAACUCCAGCUGAUGAAGGCUUGGGCUUCCAUAUGAACGACAUGAUUCAACUCUUUCAAAAGAGCAAUCUGCCAUUGCACUCGAAGGUGGCAUGGAGGAGUGCCAUUUCUGCCGACCAUCUGAUGAGAGGCAAGAUCCAAGCAUUCAUGAACUCUGACAGGUGCUACAGCUACAUCAGAAGAGGCCGGACGGAUGGAAGCACAAAUCCACGUAAUAGGUCGGCCGUGUUCAUAUCAUACAAGCGCUUCAAUAUGCAGCAGCUGAAGCAGCUCCAAAAGGUAUUCAAAGUGAAAGCCGGUAUAGACGACAGUGAAGAUGACAGUUCUGAAAGUGAGAGCUCCGAUUUUGAUAUGAAUGCACCGACAGAUAGUCAGAGUGUUCAGGGAGGCUCCGCAUUACUGGCAAAGACACCAGUCCCUGCCGGCAAUGCUGAUCCUGGUGUCCCUGCCGGCAAUGCUGAUCCUGGUGCCCCUGCCUGCUAUGCUGAUCCUGGUGUCCCUGCCGGCAAUGCUGAUCCUGGUGUCCCUGCCGGCAAUGCUGAUCCUGGUGCCCCUGCCCGCAAUGCUGAUCCUGGUGCCCCUGCCUGCAAUGCUGAUCCUGGUGUCCCUGCCGGCAAUGCUGAUCCUGGUGUCCCUGCCGGCAAUGCUGAUCCUGGUGUCUCUGCCGGCAAUGCUGAUCCUGGUGCCCCUGCCCGCAAUGCUGAUCCUGGUGCCCCUGCCUGCAAUGCUGAUCCUGGUGUCCCUGCCGGCAAUGCUGAUCCUGGUGUCCCUGCCGGCAAUGCUGAUCCUGGUGUCCCUGCCGGCAAUGCUGAUCCUGGUGCCCCUGCCCGCAAUGCUGAUCCUGGUGCCCCUGCCUGCAAUGCUGAUCCUGGUUUCCCUGCCCGCAAUGCUGAUCCUGGUGCCCCUGUCGGCAAUGCUGUUCCUGGUGCCCCUGCCCGCAAUGCUGAUCCUGGUGCCCCUGCCCGCAAUGCUGAUCCUGGUGCCCCUGCCUGCAAUGCUGAUCCUGGUGUCCCUGCCGGCAAUGCUGAUCCUGGUGUCCCUGCCGGCAAUGCUGAUCCUGGUGUCCCUGCCGGCAAUGCUGAUCCUGGUGUCCCUGCCCGCAAUGCUGAUCCUGGUGUCCCUGCCGGCAAUGCUGAUCUUGGUGUCCCUGCCCGCAAUGCUGAUCCUGGUGCCCCUGUCGGCAAUGCUGAUCCUGGUGUCCCUGCCUGCAAUGCUGAUCCUGGUGCCCCUGCCCGCAAUGCUGAUCCUGGUGCCCCUGCCCGCAAUGCUGAUCGUGGUGCCCCUGCCUGCAAUGCUGAUCCUGGUGUCCCUGCCGGCAAUGCUGAUCCUGGUGUCCCUGCCCGCAAUGCUGAUCCUGGUGCCCCUGUCGGCAAUGCUGAUCGUGGUGCCCCUGCCCGCAAUGCUGAUCCUGGUGCCCCUGCCGGCAAUGCUGAUCCUGGUGCCCCUGCCGGCAAUGCUGAUCCUGGUGUCCCUGCCGGCAAUGCUGAUCCUGGUGCCCCUGCCUGCAAUGCUGAUCCUGGUGCCCCUGCCGGCAAUGCUGAUCCUGGUGUCCCUGCCCGCAAUGCUGAUCCUGGUGCCCCUGCCGGCAAUGCUUAUCGUGGUGCCCCUGCCUGCAAUGCUGAUCCUGGUGUCCCUGCCCGCAAUGCUGAUCCUGGUGCCCCUGCCGGCAAUGCUGAUCCUGGUGCCCGUGCCGGCAAUGCUUAUCGUGGUGCCCCUGCCUGCAAUGCUGAUCCUGGUGCCCCUGCCUGCAAUGCUGAUCCUGGUGCCCCUGUCGGCAAUGCUGAUCCUGGUGCCCCUGCCCGCAAUGCUGAUCCUGGUGUCCCUGCCGGCAGUGCUGAUCCUGGUGCCCCUGUCGGCAAUGCUUAUCGUGGUGCCCCUGCUGGCAAUGCUCCUGGUGUCGCUGAGCAUGCUCGUGUUGCAGGACCUGUGAAGAGGAAAUCAGCUUCCAAACCAAGAACACAUAGACAGCUCUUUGGAUUCGACAUAAGUCGACGAAGGAGAGAUGUCACUGACAGAGUUGCAUCGGAAGUGGAGGAUGACUUAGCUACUCCCUUGAAGCCAUCCGAAGUGGGACAUGAGCAAAAAGAUGACAUCUGCCAUGCAUGCAUGAGAUUCAACUUGAGGAAGAGUGGACAUAAACAAACGAAUCGGAUCUCUUGGAUAGCAUGCACAAGGUGUGACAAGUGGUUCCACCAACUCUGUGUUAAUUUAAAAAUAACCCGCAAGGCAGCAGCAAAUUUUGACUUCAUUUGCAGUUCAUGCCUAUUCACUUAAAGAAAAAAAAAGAUCGUUAUUUGCUUACGUACAUCCAAGACAUUCUUUUCAGAAUGUCGCCAUCUGUAUAUUAAUUGUAUUUUGAGGCUACUUUUUAAUUAUUCGAAGGAUUCAUGGUCCGGUCAAUUUCUGUCAAUACCUAAAACAAAUUGCAAUAGAAACCAUUCAAGCGUCAAACAUAUUCAAUUAAAUACACAAACAAUAGGUGAAAAAUCGAAUUGUUUUAGAAUGCAGUGGAAGGGUGUUACACUUGAGUGGUAGUACACUUGUCACACUGCCUUAUGUCUUUUCUCUUAUGCCCAGAAUAAACCUAAAUUUUCACUGCACGAUUUUAUCCAGUUAAUAUGUCUUCAUAAAGUUUUUUGAGUAUACCUUAUUUUUGGGGGAUAAUUUUAGGUAUUUUAUAAGUUAUGGCAAUGACCUAUAUUCAUCACAAAACGAACACACGAAUCUUAUAUUUCUGAUAUUUUCCCUAAUAUUGAAAAUUGGACUCCGGUGAAGUACACACUUAAAUUUUAACUUUAAAUGGAUCUAUUUGUGUUGUUUGAAGUAGACCUGUUUAUGCAAAGAUUUUCCCUGAAACAAGUGGUUUAAUGAGCUAAGAGUGAGUUAUUCUAACAAAUGUGCAUAAAUAAAAUCUCAAAUUAGUAUGUGACGGCAGUGUGAAGUAACAUAAAUUUUAAUAAUUGGUGGACAUAGAAAAGUCGUCUGCUGUGAUCAGUCGUGUCUCGCGAAGUACCAUACGUGAUGUGAACGGAUUUUAUGACGGGUAACGGACGCAAAAGAAAACAUGAAGCCCUCCAUAUGACUGUUUACGUAUGAUGAACAAUUAUUAGCGAAAAGUUAAUGCAAACAUUUUUCCCUCCUUUGAUGAAAUUGGAUUGUAAUGUAUGUUGACUUUUUCAUUAGCGUGAUAGCAUUAAAAUAAAUUGUAUUGCAAGUUGUUGUUUUGUUAUAAAUUGACCGGACUAUCAGAAUCAACGUGACAAGAAAGUUAGAUUUAAUUGGGACAAUUGCUAAGCCCACAUUAGCACUUAGUAAUGGUACAACGUAGUAAAUUAGUUUUAUACAUUUUAGCCACAAUUACUGCGUGGCGUACGCAUACUGCAUGUACAGGAAUGGUGGGAUGCCAUUUUUACCUAAAAGAAACAGUGCCAUUUAAUCUUAAUAUUUCAAGAGGGUAAUCAUCAUGGCUGUGUGCACAAUAAUUUGACAUGUUGAUGUCGCGGACCCUUUACAUUAGUUGUGUGGCCAUUACAUUAUUCAUUGAAAAGGCUCCGAUACUGUUGAAUGUACAAAUGUGUCCGUAGCCUAAAUAGAUUAGUAUAUGUACACACAAAAACAUUGAGUUUAAAGUGGCCAGUUAAAGGGCUGAUGAAGUAAGUGAAUAUUUCUUAUAGGAACAUAUUUUGUGCUACUUUCGAAUUCAUCUCCCUUAUUGUUAAUUUUGUUGAAAUGUGCAGUACGUUCUUAAACAUUUUAAAAUUUUAAAUGCUUUUCAGGACAACCAAGGUUGCUGUUGUCGUGAUGUCAUUUCAGGGAGACACUGUUCAUAUUAUGUGUUGUUCUAUUGAAAAAGUGGACCCAAAAUAUGGUCAUUGAAAACAAUUGUGAUAAAAACGAUUCAAUAAUGAAAGAAAGUUUACGACAGCGAAAUAUCACAAUUUUGCCAACUUGUUGUGCAUAAACUAAUUGCAACAUUGAUGUUUCUGUCUGAUAUAAUGGCAUCAAGCUUUUGCUCAUAUGAAAAUUUGCAUUAAAAACCAAAGAGCACCAAUAUACCCUUCAAAAUGGCAAAAUUGAAAUUGAAAAUAAUGUUAAAUUGACACGAACAGGGGCGGAUCCAGGAAUUUUU